CAAGAAUAGGAAAAGACAAGAAAUGAGAAACAACCCAGUCAACCUUCCCAAACGGUCGUGCUCCCCGACAUACCAUAACCACCAAAUCCUCCCUUGAAUAUAUAAACAUUAUUAACCGUCUGUGUUUCUCUUCCCCACCACCAAAACAGGAAAACCGAAAUCCAGCCAUGCCGACGACCGACAACCAGGGCUCAUUCCUGAACCUCAUCAGCAUCCGCCGCAACCAGGUGACGGCCAUCGAGCCCGCCCACGACCAAGAGCAAGAAGACCUCGAGCUCUUCCAGAAGCACGUCGCCACCCGCUUCUCCGACCUCCUGCCCCCCUCGGCCGACGACUCGGCCCCCCCUCCGCCCCCCCUCCUCUCCAUCUCCUGGCUCCGCAACCUCCUCGAUGCCUUCCUCUGCUGCGAGGCCGAGUUCAAGGCCCUCCUCAUCUCCGGCCGCGACCCCGCCUCCCUCUCCAAGCCCCCCCUCGACCGCCUCAUCCCCGACCUCCUCGACCGCAACGUCAAGGCCCUCGACCUCUGCAACGCCCUCUCCCACGGCGUCGACCUCCUCCGCCACUGGCACAGCCUCGCCCAGAUCGCCGUCGCCUCCCUCUCCCAGCAGCCCCUCGGCGAGGGCCAGGUCCGCCGCGCCCGCAAGGCCCUCGCCACCGUCCUCACCUCCAUGGCCUUCGACGACAAGGACCACGCCGGCGGCGCCGCCUCCUUCCACGGCCGCUCCGCCGCCGCCGCCGAGCGCUCCUGGUCCGUGUCCCGCCGCGGGGGCCGCGACCGCUACGCCAGCCGCUUCCGGUCGCUGUCGUGGUCGGUGGCGCGGUCGUGGUCGGCCGCGAAGCAGGCGCAGGCGAUGUCGGCCAGCCUGGUGGCGCCGCGGGGGGCGGAGGUGACGGCGCUGCCGAUGCCGAUAUUCAUCAUGAGCAACGUGCUGGUGUUCGUGAUGUGGGCGCUGGUGGCGGCCGUGCCGUGCCAGGACCGCGGGGGGCUCGCGACGCACCUGCCCGUGCCGAAGCAGCUGAACUGGGCGCAGGCGAUGAGCGGCCUCGUGGAUAAGAUCGGCGAGGAUUGGAAGAAGAAGGAGAAGAAGGGGAGCGCCGGCUUGCUGGAGGAGGCGCAGAGGAUGGAGAGGGUGGCGCAGUGGCUCGUCGAUUUGGCCGACUCCUUUAUGUUCCCGUUGGACGACGACAAGGCGGCGGAGCUCGCCGCGCAGGUGGCGGAGCUGGCCGAGAUUUGCAGCAAGAUGGAGGAAGGGCUGGUGCCGCUGCAGCAGCAAAUUAGGGAAGUGUUUCAUAAAAUGGUGAGGAGUAGAGCCGAUGUUCUUGAUGUUCUUGAUCAAGCUGGUAAAUCAUCCAUACCAGUUCCAUAUUGACAUAUUUAUUUAUCAAGAAUAUUGUAAUCAUGGGAUGUUUUAUUUUUGAAUGUUAGUAUAUUUUUUCCAGAAGAAAAAAGACUAGCAUUUUAGUUUAGGACUAAAUUAAUUAAGAUGUUUUAUGAUGUAUUGGCCUGCAGCAUCUGUUUGUUUCCGAUGGACACAAGGUUUAGUCCAACAGCUAGCGAAUUUAGAUUUUAGAUACAAUUUGUAACUUUUCUUCUUAUGAUUAUUGCAAAAGUUAUAAUUACCCAA